AUGGAAUCUGAGGAUUUUAUCGGUCUCCCUCCUUCUGGAGAUUCUCUUUGCGGGAAUGUGAAUGAUGAACCUAACAAUUCUAUUUUCGACUCUAAAGAGGUUGAUUCUCAACCCACUAAUUCGGAGGAUAGAGAAGAUAAACCGAAAAGUGAGAAUCUGGGGAAUGACAGUGAUGUUCAAAAUGAAGUUAGCCAUUGCAUACCAGAAGAAAACCUUGAAAAUGAUUUGGUCGGUAGCGGUUCAGAUAUGGAAAUUGAGGACAUAAGCAACCUCCCUGCUUUUAACAGUUCUGGUUCUGCAAAUGAAGAAAUCAAAAUAAAGGGUAACAAGGAGGGAGACGCUCAUUGCCUACAGCAAGCAAAUCAUAACAAUGAUUUAUUUGACGAAUCAUCGUUGCUAAGUGUUGCACAGUCUGAAACUGUUACAGUUGCACAGGAGUCAAAUAUCUUCUGCUCAAAGGUGCACAAGAAUGGUUGCCUUCCUAUCCAAGAUGCAAGUCCUGUUGGAACCCAUAAAACGGGUGGCACUAGUAUCCUUCUUCCACCUAUAUCAGGUGUUAAGAGAGCCCGAAUAACAGUUGAUGAGUGGCAACCUUCAGUGCGUGUAACAUAUAAAUCGUUAACAAGAGCUAGUAAACAUAAGCUUGAAGAACUAUUACAGCAGUGGUCAGAGUGGCAUGCUCAACAUGUUCCUUCAUCUCAAGAUCCUAUUGAAGUGGUGGAAUCAGGUGAAGACACGUUCUUUCCAGCUCUCCAUGUUGGCACGGAGAAGACGUCUGCAGUGUCUUUUUGGAUGGACAACCAAACAAGGAAUGCAGAGAGCAAGGAAUCCACUCCUUUGGAUAGCAAUUAUGUGCCUCUAUAUGAUCGUGGUUAUGCCUUAGGCUUGACUUUGGCUGGUGGCUCAAGUAAUUUGGAGGGAGGCUUGGAGAUUAUAGAUGAUGCAAGCCGUUGUUUCAAUUGCGGUUCUUACAAUCAUUCGUUGAAGGAUUGCCCUAAGCCUCGUAACCAUGUUGCUGUCAGUAAUGCCCGCAAACAGCUCAAGUUCAAACGAAAUCAGAAUGCUAAUUCUCGCAAUUCAACACGAUAUUAUCAGAAUUCUCCAGCUGGAAAAUAUGAUGGUUUAAGGCCUGGUGCUCUCGAUGCUGAGACAAGGAAGCUUUUGGGUAUUGGGGAGCUUGAUCCACCUCCUUGGCUUAACAGAAUGCGAGAAAUUGGUUACCCACCAGGAUAUCUAGAUCCAGAUGACGAGGAUCAGCCAUCAGGGAUUAUAAUUUAUGCUGAUGAGGAAAUUAAGGGAGAACAGGAGGAUGGGGAAAUUAUUGAAACCGAUGAUUAUCCUGAACCACAGAGGAAAAUGACAGUCGAAUUUCCAGGAUUGAAUGGACCAAUCCCAGAAAAUGCUGAUGAGAGACUUUGGGCAACUGGACCUUCGUUUUCUGAUCACUCUAGGAACCGCUCAUACAGCAGAUCGAACCAUUAUUCAGAACCCGUCAGCAGAGGGCAUCACCGUGAGCAAAGGUGGUCCAGGGAUUAUAGAGAUGACGGGCCUCCUGGCGUUGAACCAGGUUCUGGCCCAUCUAGUUACCCCCCAAGAUAUGGCAGUUACGAUUAUGGUUACAACUUACCAAGAAGCCCUACCUUUGGAAGGUCCCAAUCAGACAGAGGUAGAAGAAUCCCUUUGUCCAAUGAAGGUUCUUUUGCAUACUCAAAUCCUCGUCAUUCGCCCAAGGAUUAUGACUCGGCCAAUUUCGAAAAUUGGAAUGAUGAAAGCAGGAGUGACUACGACCUUGAUAGUUCAACUAGGGAUAGGCUAGACAGGCAUCGCCAUCACCGUAGGAGGUAA